GGAAUAUUGCUUAGGGCAAGCUCCCUCCAUCGGUCCGUCUCUCUCAGCUUCUUCGUCUUCUCUCUUAGGUUGACCUCUUUGCCUCAACUGCGCCGCCCGCUCACCAAGCCAGGCAGAGGCUGCAGGGGUCGUAGAGUUGGAGGGCCCAGUCCAUCUGGGAGGUCCCAGUGCCGCCCGCUCACCAGUUACCAGCCAGGCCGUCGGGAGGGGAGAGAGAGAGAGAGAGACGAAAAGAUCGAGACCCAUACGCUCAGAUCGAAGUUCGACUUCUCCUCUCCCCCUCCCCCAACCUAACAGAUUCGUGUAGCACAGAUCCAUCCGACUUUGGGUUGAUUUCUUCCUUUGCUGCUGAUUCUUGCGGUGUGGCUGCACAGAGCUAUGGUCAAUCACCGUAGCAGCAUUUAAUGUUUAAUCAUACAUUGUGAUUGCCCUUGGAACUACAUUGGUUUUUAAUGAUAGGCGCUGGGCCCUGGAAGCAUUCCCCAAUUCAUAUGCUUCUAGACUCUUUAGCUAUGUCCUAUAUUACUUGCCUAAGUGCUUCUCUCGUGUGUUAAAUAACAUUUACUAAAGAACUUCUAUUUUCUCAGAAACUUGGACCUCAAAGCCUGGGUUUUAUGAAAUUUAUUAUCUUAAAAUUGUAUUGAGCUAAAAGGUCUUGUGAACAUGAGAACAUCUAUUUGCAGGGCUUUUGUUUCAGCAAUCGCAUGGUCGAUUGGGUCAUUGGGUGACAUGACCCCGAUUUAUGAUUGUCAUUUGCCAGCUAAUAUAUAAUUUUUUUAUGCUUUACCAGAUCAGAAAGUUACAGAUGGAUCAUGCUGAGGUCUCUGGUUUGUUGUGUAUUGGUACACGUGAAACAGAUGGGGGUGAAGAAUCAUAUGCGGCUGAGUACCCUAAAAUGGAUCAGGAUACCAAUGCAACGACCAAAUUUGAUGUAGUAAUGGAGACUUCAGCAAUGUAUACUGAUCAAAUCAACACCAAUGCUUGCUUAGAUGAAUAUCACAUGUCUGGAAAACAGCCUAUGGAAGAAAUGGGAUUUGGCAGUGCACAUCCCUUUGAACUUCCAUCAGAAGGAAUGGUAGCUGAUUCUGGGGAAGAAAGCAUGCCAUCUAGCCCUGACACAUCUACCAGUAAUUAUGAUGCGCCUGGUUACACGGAGCAAAAUCUGCAGCAUAUCUAUAAUUCGUAUGAUGCACUGGUUGACAAAGACGGAGUUGUGCUUACUCCUGCCUUCAUGAUAUGUGACAAAACUUUGUAUCUUGAACCUCACCUCACUUUCUCAUUGGACGGGAUCAAGAUUGAGUAUUUGGAUUUAGAUUCCUUUGAAGACGAGAAGCUGUCAGCUCUACAAUGGGAAAUAUCUAAUAUUAUUUCCAUCAGUUGUAAAUGGACUCGUAGUGUUGGAUCUGCCUUAAUAACACUCCUUGUUGGAUCUACAGCAGAAACAGGAAAUGCAGCCAAUGCAGUGCAGGAUGAGUCAUGUGAUGACAUAUGCUUUUGUUGCCCAUUGACCUCAGACUGCGAGUACCUAUCACCUGCAGGCAGAGGUCCUGUUAGAGCACGAUUUUCUCUUGAUGAUUCGCAAUGGCCAAGGAGACAACAGAGGAUUUGGGAACUGGGACCAAGAUAUCAAGAAAUAUGGAAAGACAUCCCAUCAGAUGAUUUUGCAUUGGAGAAUUGGAGCAUCGAACCCUGUCUGUUUUUCCCUAGGCAAUACUUUUCCAGCACUGAGGACUUUGAAGAUGUUAUUUAUCCCCAAGGAGAUCCUGAUGCUGUUUCUAUUAGCAAAAGAGAUGUUGAGCUCCUGCUUCCUGAAACCUUUGUCAAUGAUACAAUAAUUGACUUUUAUAUCAAGUACUUGAGCACAAGAAUUGAAUCUACCAAGAAGCGCAGGUGCCACUUCUUUAAUAGCUUCUUUUUUCGCAAGCUGGCAGAUCUUGACAAAGAUCAGGGGAGAGCUCCAGAAGGUAGAGCAGCCUUCUUGCGUGUUCGCAAAUGGACCCGCAAAAUAAAUGUAUUUGACAAAGAUUUUCUGUUCAUUCCAGUCAACUUCAACUUGCAUUGGAGUUUAAUUGUUAUUUGCUAUCCUGGCGAAGUGGCGACAUUUGAAGAUGGUGAUGCCAAGCUCUCAGCUAAACUCCCAUGCAUUUUACACAUGGAUUCACUUAAAGGAAGUCACACUGGACUCAAGGAUAUCAUUCAAAGUUAUUUAUGGGAAGAGUGGAAGGAAAGACACCCUGAAUCAGCAUCAGAUAAUUCAGACAAGUUCUUAAACUUGAGAUUUGUCUCCCUUGAGCUCCCUCAGCAGGAUAAUUCAUAUGAUUGUGGCUUAUUCUUGCUCCAUUAUGUGGAAUUAUUUUUGACAGAUGCUCCAAGUAACUUCAACCCUCUGAAGAUUGAUGUAUUUUCUGGCUUUCUUAGUGAUGAUUGGUUUCCACCCCCAGAAGCUUCUCUGAAGCGUUCGGUGGUCCGAAAGUUAAUUCAUGAGCUGGUAACUGGAUCUUUUCAGAAUCAUCCCAAGCUAGCUUGUGGUGGUGAGCAGCUUGACGAAAGACAUCAAAGAUGCUCAAAUCCUGGUGAACCUGAAACAGUUUGCACAGUUGAUGAUGGAACCCAUGAAGUACAGCCAUCCAAGUCCAUCUGUUUAUAUGAUUCCAAAGAGGGGCUACCUACUUCUGGAUGCAUGUUGGACACUGGAAGUGUCCCAAUUGUUGAUGUACAGAAUCUACAAGAGUCAGAGGUUUGUGCACCAGUGAAGGAUACUGUUGUUUGCUUGUCAAUCCAGGAUGAGAAAAAUGACCCACUUGCAUCUAACAGUCAACUUAAUAUGAGAUCAUAUUCCCCAGAAGGUGAUGGCGUGAUUAAGGAAUCAAAUCGUGUGGUGACAGAUAAGGAAAAUGAUAAGUCUUUGUUUCUUUCUUUGGAUAAUGACCAAAAAGUUCACAGCCAAGCAGAAGCUGAGGUGCAGGAUAUUAUGGUUCGUACUAGCUGCUCAAUAUCUGAAAUUUUAGCUCAGAAAAUUACCAGCAAAGAACAGCCCUCCCAAAAAAGCAUAGAAGUUGGGGAUGAGUGCUUUAGACCUUCUCAAGAUAUGGAUUAUGUUAUGAUGUUUGACUCCAGCAAAGAUGAGAAUGGACCAAAUCCAGAAAGAUUGACAGCUGAAGGUGAUUGUGGCGAUCCUCAUGAACGUCUGGAUUUAGUCACAGUAGGUGAUAUCGGAAAAAUGGUUGUAGACAAUGCAAUCAUCGAAGAUGUGAAGAGUAAUAACACAACUGCAAACAAUGUCAAUCACGGUGAGCUGCAUGUUUCAUUGCAGUUGCCAGAGGGAAACACUGACAAUGGUAUGACUGGUGUUAGCACAGCUUCCUCUUUAGACAUAAAAGAGGGAAACAAUGACAAAGUAGUGGCAGAUGCCUCUGCACAUGAAGGUGAUAUAAAUGACAAUGGUAGCUCUGAAUUGAAAAUAGGAAAUACGAACAGUGGUAUUACUGGUGUUAUCGCAGCUUCCUCAGACUUAAAAGAGGAAAAUAUUGACAAAGUAGUGGCAGGUGACUGUGCACAUGAAAGUGAUAUAAAUGCUAAGGAUUGCACUGAGUUGAACAUUGGAAAUACUGAUAAUAGUAUUGCUGGUGAUAGUACAGUUUCCCCUGAGGUGAGCGCGGAAAACACUGAUCAAAUCAUAGCAGGUGAUUGUGGAAAUGAAACCGAUUUAAAAGCUGAUGGUGAGGGUGCUGACAAAUUCUUAGCAACUGACAGUGCUCUUCCUUGUGAAGAUGAUGCAACUUGCAUGGAUGGUGCGAAUGUGAUUGUAUCACUAGAUGUACCCCGUAGCACGAAGAAUGAUACAUUUUCCAAGAACACAUCUUCUGACGCUGAAAUGCCUCUGCCUGUUGGAACCUGUGAGCUCGUCGAUAGACCUUCUUCCGAGAAUGACAUGUCUGAGCACACAUCUUUUGAUGGUAAACGGCCUGCGGAUGAUAGGACUUUGGAAGAGAACGAAAUGGUUAUGCCUGGUGAUGAAAAAACAGAGGUGCAUUACAAGCGACGGAAGGUUUUGGCCUCAGAGAAACAAAGCAGCUUCUCCGGAGCAACUUCUACAGAUUAGGUUUGGCUGGUGUGAGACUUAGUUUUAGUUUCUGGGAUAUGUGACCUGUCUAGUCCUUGACAAUAUGCUGCCUGUGAUAUAGUAUAUAUUUCUGUAAUAUAAGGUACUGCCACUAAUGACUGUAGAAAUAACAAAAAGAACUGGAAUCCUGAACCCUGAUGUCUGCUUGACAGCGUGGUUUGAGAAUUGAGAUACUGUAUAUGGUCUGAGUAUUGCACGACCUGCACUGCA